UUUUCAUUAUAACCUUACCUUACCUCAUAAGCACUUUUUUCACUGCUUUCAUACCUUGUUUUUGUGUCUCUCCAUCUUCAUCUCAAUCAAAAAAAUUUUCUCAUCCCAACCACAGUUUAGAACAAGACAAUCAACAAGCAUGUUUGGAUGUCCAGAGACAGAAAGAUUAGAUGAUAUAGCAAAGAUCAACUUAUCAGAAGGAGAAGCAUCUUCUCAAAUGGGAAGGAAGAAUUUCUAUGGUCCAACUUCUGGGACAACCUUAAACACAGUAACCCCUUGUGCUGCAUGUAAGCUUUUGAGAAGAAGGUGCGCUGAGGAAUGUCCUUUCUCUCCAUACUUUUCACCUCAUGAGCCUCAAAAAUUUGCAGCUGUUCAUAAAGUAUUUGGUGCUAGCAAUGUCUCAAAGUUGCUAUUGGAGGUACCUGAAGGACAAAGAGCAGAUGCAGCAAAUAGUAUGGUUUAUGAAGCAAAUUUGAGGUUAAGAGAUCCAGUAUAUGGCUGCAUGGGUGCAAUAUCAUCAUUACAACAGCAAGUUCAAUCAUUACAAGCAGAACUACAUGCAAUUAGAACUGAGAUACUAAACUACAAAUAUAGAGAAGCUGCUAGUAACUUUAUCUCUUCUCAAGUAUCAAUGCCUACAAAUGCAAACUCACAACAAGAUCUUCCUCAAUCUAUUGCUCUUCCAACUUUAGCUCCUCCAUCUCCAGCUCUUCCUCCUCCACAAAAAGCAUCGGCUUCUCAAUCGAUUAUCCUUUCGUCGUUUUCUUCGUCUUCGGCUUCGUCGGUUUACACUCCAUCUAAAACAACAAUGAGUCAUGGAUCUAUUUCUAGUGAAAAUAUUCCUUACUUUAUUUAGGUCUAUUUGAGUUUUCUGUAGGGAUAAUUAUGCUUAGUUUCUUAGAAGAGUUUAUGUAUAACUUGAACCCUUUUUUGGUCAUUUUUUUCUUUUGCUUCUCUUUUGUCUUUUUGAGAGGUUAUGGAGUAGGAAAAGAAAAAUAAUCUCACUACAUUCAUAUGCUUUUAGUAGUAUAUUUCUACUACUUUUACAAUUGAUACCAUUUCCUUUUGUGCAUGUUUUCUAUUUACAU